UUUUUUUUUUUUCAAUUUCCCAUUGUGAGCCCCCCCUCCCAUGCACGCGACCCUUUGAUCUGGGCGCCGCAGCCCCCCCCGCCCGCCUAAUUUCCCCCCCCCCCGCGCCCCACAGGCGGGGAGGGAGACAAACACCCCUCGCCUUGUAAAGAGAUAAUUUUUUGGCAGGUGUUAAUUUUUUUUUUUGCAUGCUCUGGAUUUGGCUCUUUAAUCCGGCCGGCGACAGCUCGCGCGCGCACACACACACACACACACACACGCACUGCCCGGAGUGGUGGUGGCUGCAGCUCCCAUCCCUCCCUUCUCCUCCUUCCUCCCCCUGCCGCUGCUGCUUCUCCUGCUCUUGCUCCGGAUCGCUCUUCCUCCGUUUUGUUUCUCAAACUGCAGCCAGUGAGGGAUGGCCGGUGUGCAGGAUGCGCGGCUCACUGGAACUGAGCCAUGUGUGACAAGUAACUUAAGAGCUGUAUGUUUUGUACCAGCACCGCAGACGAUGUCCCUGCACUGACGUUGCCCUGAAGACUCCUGCAGCAGCAUUGGAAGGAUUCCCCUGUUGAUUAUAAUUAUUUCAGUUUUUGGUGGUUGGUUGGUUAGUUGCUGCAGCGAGUGGGGUUUGUUUUUUUGGUUUGGUUCUGGUUUUUUUAACACCAUGUCUAAUUCUGGCGCCCCUCAAGACGCUGGUAACAAGCCCAACAUGUUGGACAGAAAUAACCAAGAGGACUCGCAACCCCCUGUCAACUCCGAGAGGAGGAACAAAAGUGGGAUCAUAAGUGAACCUUUGAACAAAAGUCUUAAGAAAUCACGUCCGCUCUCCCACUACUCCACCUUCAGCAGCAGCAGCUUGGUAAGCGAACAUUCAGAGAAAGGAACCUCCAUAGCUAAUGGCAAUGAAGCAACAACUGUGGAUAAAAGUCACUCUACCUCAAAGCACAAAAACAUCUCUAGUAUGCUGAGCAAAUCAGACAGGGCGUCAGAAAUCUCAUCAGAAGGACAGAUCAGCCUACAACAGUUUGCUCAGUCUACAGAUAUGCUCAAAAGAGUGGUACAGGAGCACAUUCCUUUACCAAAUGACCACGGGACUGGUAUCUCUGAUAUGGAAGCGGUCUCAGCUGCAGAGACAAUGAACAGCCCAUCUGAUUUUCCUUACCUGGGGGCUUUUCCCAUAAACCCAGGCCUUUUCAUUAUGACCCCUGCUGGCGUGUUUCUGGCAGAGAGCGCGCUCCAUAUGGCUGGCUUGGCAGAGUACCCGAUGCAGAAUGAAUUGGCAUCUGCCAUCAAUUCUGGGAAAAAGAAACGGAAAAGAUGUGGCAUGUGCCCUCCGUGCCGAAGACGGAUAAACUGCGAGCAGUGCAGCAGUUGUAGGAAUCGCAAAACUGGCCACCAGAUUUGCAAAUUCCGAAAAUGUGAGGAACUCAAAAAGAAGCCGUCUGCAGCGCUGGAGAUUUUCCUCUUUUGUGUGGACUUUUCUUUCUCUUUUUUCCCCCCACCAAAGGCUGCAACUGCUAAAAGGCGUAAGUCUCCCCCGCAGGACAAGUCCAGCUGUAUAGUAACAGAACCCCAAAGACACUGAAAUAAGGUGAUGCUUCCUACAGGAGCUGCAUUCAGAUGGUUUCAGUAGGAAUGAGAAUUCCAAAGCUCUGUCAUCCAAGUGCAAUGUCACUGCUUGCUUGUGUUGUCUCAGGCAAGGAAUUUUUUGGCUGAAAUGAAUGGAUGCACCUGUGUCUCUUUAGAACCAAAAAUAUUUUCUCGCAGAUUUCAUUCCUGUUUUUAUAUAUAUAUUUUUUUUGCGUUUGUUUUAACAUCUUCAAGUCCUAGUAAAACAUUUAACUGCUUUUCAAAUAAUAAUAAUAAAAAAAUGGAUCUGUAAAGUACCAAGACUUAAUAGACAGAGUAUGGACAAUCAGUUUCUUUCUGUGUUUUGGUGUUGAUGUUGUUUAUGUGUGGAAGAUGCAGUUCUUGUGUAGAGAAUGUAAAUUUACAGUAACCUUUUAAAAUCUAGUUACUAAUAAGCACUACUGUAAUUUAGCACAGUUGUUUAAUUACACCCUCAUUUAUACUUUUUAUUUGAUUAUUUCCCAUCAUAAAAUAGAGUGGAUAGUUUCUAGAAUGCCUCAACUUCAUGUUUAUAAAUGAGAAUAUGUUUAAAACGAUGUAGUAUCCCUUUUCCUAACCAUUCACAUAUGUAAGUUUAACCAGCAAGAAGCUUGGUAUUAAAGAUGAAAGAAAAAUUGCUGCAAAAUGGGCAGUCUUGGAAAAAAAAUCAUUGUUAGUUUAUUAAUAUAGAACAAGAAAUACUGCAUACAGGGAAAACAAGAUCCUAAUUGCAAUGGUUUACUUAUAGAAAUCAUUUUUAUAAACUUACUGAAGUUAAAAGAAAAAUAAAAAAAAUUGCAGGACCUGUGCUGAAGCAGUUCUGAAAGCUAAUAUUUCUCUUAUGUUCAAAUCCCCGUUUCUCCAGCUCUCUCUACAUCAGUAAAUUGAAAUGCUGUUUGUAAUGUUUUAGCGAUCCAGGCUGUUUUGUGAAUAAAAUGAAUGCAUGUUUUGUGUCAUGA